AUGGAGCCCAAAUAUAUAAAUACCCAAUCAUUUGUCGACUCGUCCUUUUUCGUCAAGCUCUCGCAAUUGAAGCUUGAUGUCCUGAAACUCGAUCAGUCCUCGCGCCCAAUACACGGAUACUACAAUUACAAACGGCUGGCCCCUGGACAGGCUCCAGCGAUUAAUCUAAACGACAUCAGUUUUGCCUCUGAGCAGGAACUCGAGUCCCAGCUGCCGGAGCAUUCUGCGUUCAUUGUCAGGGGUGCGAUUACCAACGUCAACACGCUGGAAGAGUUCAAAUCGCAGAACAAGCUGGAGUUUCUGACACGGGCUGGGGGCAAAAUAAUCGACUCUAUCAAAACUAAGGCUGCGCUGCAGGAUCCACGCUUGCUAGCCCAAUUUGCCGUUUACUCGUUUGCAGACCUCAAAAAGUACAGGUUCUACUACUGGUUUGCCUUCCCUGCGCUGUACUCCAAAUGGCAGAUCACGUCUGAGGCUCCCUUGCGAGGUAAUGUGCCCGAGUCGCAAUUUUCGCUCAUCAGAGACGGCAAUCCCGUUCCCCUCGCCCAAUUGGACGCCAUUUCCACAGAUUCGCCUUUGCAUGUUGCAUUUAUUGACACCUCAUCCGUCCCAGACGCCUAUUCUUACGUGCUGCGCAAUUUUCUGACCAUGCUUGCCAUGUAUGGCUACCGCGACGUGGUGGUGGAUGUGCACCGCGACAACGAGUCUCAUUCGCGCCAAGUCACCCUGAAACUGCAAUCAGAGGUGGACGUCUCGAGAGUUUCGGGCUGGGAGCGCACGUCGCAAGGGAAACUGGGCCCAAAACUGGCCGACCUCGGUGCGCUAAUCGAUCCGUCGCAACUAGCCGACCAGGCAAUUGACCUCAAUCUCAAACUCAUGAAAUGGCGGAUCGUCCCUACGCUUAAUUUGGACGACAUCAAGUCGACCAAGUGUCUGCUGCUUGGGUCCGGGACACUAGGGUCAUACAUUGGCCGCGCGCUGUUGGCGUGGGGAGUGCGCAAGAUUACUUUUGUUGAUAACGGGAAGGUGUCUUUCAGCAAUCCUGUUCGACAACCACUCUUUGACUUUAUCGACUGCAUAGACGGGGGCAAGCCCAAAGCGGAAACCGCAGCAGAAAACAUGAAGCGCAUCUUUCCUUUAGUCGAUGCACAGGGCUUCACAUUGGAGGUGCCUAUGGCAGGGCACCCUGUUACGGACGAGAAGAAGCAAAAACAGGAUUUCGACAAGCUGGAGGAGCUUAUACAAGCUCACGACGUCAUAUUCUUGCUGAUGGACUCGCGCGAGACCAGAUGGCUGCCUACUGUCAUGGGAAAUGUGAACGGCAAGCUAGUGAUUAAUGCUGCGUUGGGAUUCGAGAGCUAUUUAGUGAUGCGACACGGGUGUCUUGACCCUGAGAAACCUCCGGAGGAACAACAAGAGUCACGGCUAGGCUGUUAUUUCUGCAACGACGUGUACGCGCCUUCCGAUUCUACCACAGACAGAACGCUGGAUCAAAUGUGCACGGUGACGCGGCCGGGAGUCGCCCUGAUGGCAGCAUCAUUGGCUGUGGAGCUGAUGGUUUCUGUUCUGCAACACCCGGACAGACAGUAUGCGCCCCACUCGGCGCAGGACUCGUGCACCGUUCUGGGGUCGCUCCCGCACCAAUUGCGCGGAUUUUUGCAUAAUUUCGAGAUGCUCAAGCUGAGCGCCACAAACUUCAGGUACUGCUCUGCGUGCUCCGUCUCUGUGGUGCAAGAGUUCAAAUCACGCGGCUGGGAGUUUGUGAAGCAGGCGCUGGAAAAUCCAAAAUAUCUGGAGCAGCUCACCGGGCUCACUGACGUCCACCAGCAGGCCGAGGAGGCAGUGACCAAUUUCGACAUAUCGGACAGCGAGGGCGAGUUCGAUUAG